CUCACAGGCCAGAGAGUUUGUAUUUUUGUGUCGUGUGUGAGAGUUUUCGUGUGUAAGCUCUCUUCCUAGCUGGAGUAUAUAGUGUGAAUGGAUAGAUAGAUAGAAAAGGAGGGAGGAAGGCGACGCUACAGUAGGUCUUUUAAAUGCGCCCCCUGUGCCUGGAGCGCGUAAGAACUAGCAGCGGUGGCGCAGCGAUGGAUGGACGGCCGCCGCCGCGCACAGGCGCUCGAUAAGGCCCGGGCAGCGCCGCGCCGAAUCUUGUAAUGCGGAUCGAUUGAGCCGGCGAUCGACCCUGGUGAGCGCUCCUGUCGGUGAAUCGAGCGCGCAAGGGGCCGAUCUUGUGGAUAUUUCGAGCCCUGGUGAGUGAUUCUUUGGGGGAAUCGAAUGCGCGCUUGAUCUUGGCGGAUGUUUCGCGCAGCAAUGUAGGCGCUCGGCGCCGUGAUGUAUGCGAAGACUAUGGCGGGCGAGCAUGCGGUGUCACAGCGGCUGAUAGAAUGCGCUCUGGCGGGCGAUGUUCUCGGAGUCUCCGAGGCGCUGUCGGAUCAGAUCGUGGAUGUCAACUACAAGGGGCCCGUGAGUCUGCGUGUCAAGCACACGGAUUCUAUCCAGCACGAGGAGGCUCCCGACGAAGUAAAGAUCGACCACGAGAUUUUUAAAACCGAUGUCACUGCUUUGUUUGCAGCUGCGCACGCAGGUCACAUCUACAUUGCGAAGAUGCUACUGCUUGCGGGAGCUGACCCGAAUGAAAAGCUUUUCAGAGGCUAUGCGUCCACGGCAGCAGCAAGAGAGGGCCAUCACGAGAUCGUGAAUUGUUUGCAAAGGUCUGGUGCCGGCCAACUCGCCUUGGAGGACGCCCUGCUCGAAGCUUGCCUGUAUCAGCAAGUGAAGUCCGUGCACAUUCUUAUUUCGUCGGAGAUGAUAAGGCCCGAAGUGCUCGUGCAAGCUCUUGCUUACGCAAGUAACCGGGGUUUUCUGGACGUCGUUGAAGCUCUCAUCCAGAGUGGAGUAGACAUCAACUCGUGGUAUAGAAUGCUGCUGCGAUCGGCAAAGCCAGCUCUUCAUGCGAACGUAAGGUGUACACCUCUAAUAUCCGCCAUCGUUGGGAGGCAAGUUCACGUUGUCAAAUAUCUUCUGGAGGCAGGAGCAAAAACUGGGUGUAAGGCAUCGCUCGGAGCAUGGUCAUGGGAGCCUGGAUCUCUGGAGGAAGUGCGAGUCGGUGCAGGCCUAGCAAGCCCAUACAACGAGCUAUGGUGUGCUGUUGAGUACUGGGAAGAAACAGGUGCAGUACUGGAGCUUCUUCUGAACUACUUCUCUCCAAACGACGAUCAUUUUGGGAGGACAAUUCUCUGCCAUGCAAUUCUUUGCCGCAAUGCACCAGCAGUGGAAUUGCUAUUCAAGUCCGGGGCCAACGUCGAGGACGGUAUACACACAAAAGCCGACGAAGAGUUUCCUCCGCUACUUUUGGCGCUCAAGUAUGGGUCGCUUCCGAUACUACAGACGCUCAUCUCACACGGAUGUGAUUUGAACGUAGUGGGAGCUAAUGAGGAGACAGGUCUUAUGCUAGCAGCGAGACUGGGACUCGAGCAGUGCUGCAAGGAGCUGCUGUUGGCCGGGGCAGAUGCGGGGUUUAUAAACACAGGCGGCAACAGUGCUCUUACAGUAGCAAAAGCAAAUGGCAACGGUGCAUCUUUCAACGACGUGAUAUGGAAGGCCCUCGAAUCGGGAUGCAGUAUCCAGUCAAGCAACCUUCACGUGUUUUCGCAGCUUCAUUUUGCCGCGAAGAGAGGAGACGUGAAAGUCAUGUCGAGGCUUCUCAAGGAGCCGUAUUUGGAAGUGAACGCUCAAGACCAAUACGGCUACACUGCUCUGAUGAUAGCUGCUCAAUCCGGUCACGUCGAAGUUUUCCGGCUGCUCGUGCAUGCUGGAGCCGACAUGAACUUGAAGAACAGGAAAGGAGAGACAGCCAUAUGUCUUGCAACGUACAGUGGCUGGCUGGAGCAACUGGAAAAAAUCCUCCUGGAUUCUAUCCUCUGCGACCUGCUCAAGGUGGAGAACUUCAAGCCGCUCCACUUCGCAUCAUGGCGGGGAAACUUGGAAGGUGUGAGCAAGCUUCUCAAGCAUGGAUACGCCGUGAACUUGCUGGACGAGGAAGGCUACAGCCCGCUGAUGCUAGCCGCGAAGGAAGGGCACGCAGAAGCUUGCAGAGUGCUUCUAAACGCGGGGGCCGAUUGCAAUCUCGCAAACGGCAGGGGAGAGACAGCUCUGACUCUGGCCCAGAGGGCUAGCUCAACGAAAGCGGCUGAAGAGGUCCUCCUCGAUCACCUUGCGAUGAAGCUUGUCCUGUUGGGAGGCCAGCUAUCGAAGCACACUCGCCAAGGCAAGGGAACUCCUCACUUGAAGUCGGUUCGAAUGCUGAGGACGGGCUUGCUUACGUGGGGUAACACAAGCAGGCGUACGGUGGCGUGUAAGGAAGCCGGACUGGGAGCUUCAAGCAGGUUUCAGAAGAACAGGAGGUCGUCCGACGAUGGGCCUGGAACCUUCAGGGUGAUCACCAGCACCGGGAGAGAGGUGCACUUUCAGGCAUCGGGUGAGAGCAAUGCAGAUUUCUGGGUGCGAGGAAUCAACGUCAUCGUCAAGGAGGCUGCUAGAGCCGAAGGGAAGCUCGCGAAAUGACAGCUCGAGCCCUUGGAGGUGAUGGACGUGCGUUACUGGGAUUGUAAAUUAUUUGUAGGAGAGCACCAGGAGCGGAAGAGGUACACCCCAAGUCCGAUUUCAACUGGAGUUGAUUUAUAAGCUAACUUCUACUUCUGUCACCUUUUUAGUACCCAGACAGCUACGCUGCUGGAGAAUUUUUUGCCUCUAUUCAGAUCUAUUCACGCGCGAAGCGGCUCUCCCAAGAAUUUGGACCAGCUCCUUGAUCGCGUUUAAGGCCACCAUAGCCGCUUGUGCAAAGGCUUAAAGAGUCCCAAGAAGAUUUAGCAUUGUGCCGGAAGUGGAAUGUGGUGGCCUGGAACACGAUCAGUCAGGCACUUGCCAUGAACGGAGAUUUACGAGGAACUCGAGACAUGUUUGAGCGUAUGCCAGUCAAGGACGUGAUUUCCUGGGUGACGAUGAUUGAAGCUCAAAGCCGGUUUGAUCAAGCAAGGGCCUUGCUUUGCUGGGUAAAAUGCCGCAGCUUGCCGUUGUCACCUGGACCGCAAUGAUUGUUGCAAAUGCCGAGAGCGGAGAUUUGGAAUCGACAAGAGAUCUCUUCAAUCAUAUGCCGCAGCGGGCUGUGGUGUCGUGGACUGCAAUGGUGUCGGUGCUCAGCCCAAGCCAGAGAUCUUAUCAAGGCCCUGAAGCUUGCCAUCACGAAUCUCUAACUACAUAUGUCUUCCAGUGGUCUAUACUAUACAUGUCUCCCACUAGAGAAUAUUGUAUACGCUUGCAACCGAGUCCGUUUACGCAA